ACCGCGCGGACUAUCCACUCAACCGUGCGGGGUUCUUUCCUAGUACGAAAGCUCACGCCGCGUCGCUCGUUUUACACCGGACGUUUCUGUAUCAAACCGGCGGCUUUUAGCCGCAUCUCACCGCCAUCAUUUAUUACUCCCACAAAUGACUCACCUCUUAACACAGUUUUGAUAAGCCCCGAAAACCCCUUGGUGAUAAGAAGGUGGUAGGCGCCUUCAGGCCUACAUGUGGUGCUGAUAAAGGAGGAACACUGAGCACUGAGUGAUUUUAGUUUCGGUUCAAUAUUAUAAUAGUUGUAGCAGGCUAGUGUUGUAUGCGUGUUGUGACUGAUAAGGGCAUUCAGUGACUUGAACGCGUUUUAGUGACUUUGAAAGGCGGAAAUCACGGUCUCAAACUGGCGGCCAAUAACUCAAAUCAUACCAUGUUCACCCGUGAGUCCGGGACGAUGAUGUACGAAGAAAAUCAGAACAGGUUCGACACGAACAAGUCGACAAAGGGCGCAAGCAAACUGCGCCGGGACCUGAUCAACGCCGAGAUCACGAACCUAAGGGACCUUCUGCCUCUUCCCCCCUCCACCCGGCAGCGUCUGUCGCAGUUACAGCUGAUGGCGCUUGUCUGCGUCUAUGUGCGCAAGGCCAACUACUUCCAGCAAGGUAGGCACAUCCACCACUAUAUCUAUAUCCAUCAUAUCUAUACCCUCUUGAUGAUUGUGCAUAUAUCUAUAUCCAUAAUAUCUGUAUCCCCCUUGAUGCUCGUGCAUAUAUCUAUAUCUAUCAUAUCUAUAUCCUCUUCGAUGCCCGCGCAUAUAUCCAUAUCCACCUUAUCUACAGUAUAUCCUCCUUGA